AUGCGUGUUAUAUCUUCUCCAGUUUUUCAAUUACGUGAUAUAAUUCAUGCUCUAUUAACAUCUUCAUCAUUAUCAUCGUCAUACGAUCUGAUAACAACCUUUUUAACUUAUGGUCAAUCAUUAGGUGCGUCAGCAAUUCAUGGUUAUCUUGUUGAUCGUUGUUAUGAUACUCAAACAUUAAUUAAUGAUGAAUUUUCUUCUUAUCAAGGUAUUGCUUUAUAUAUAACAUAUGAUAUUAAAUUAAAUGAGCAACAAUGGGAAGGUAUAUUUGGUAUUCAUGAGUCAACAUCAACUAUAUCUAAAAAUACUUCAAAUUUUUUUCAAUUAACUGACUUUUUAUGCAUAUUAAGUGGUUCACGUGUCGUUUAUUAUGAUCCAAAUGAACGUACAACUAAUGAAGAACGUACAUUUGUAUCAAUAGUUGAUCUUGAACAUGAUGAUAUAACAUUAUUUAAAGAUCAAUUAUCUCCAUUAGAUUAUUUUUUAUUAAAUUCUAAAAAAUGUUAUAAUGGUACAUUAAUACGUUUACCAUUACGAACAAAAAAAAUAGAUAAACAUACAUUAGAUGAUAUAAAACAACAAAUAUAUAAAUAUUUUCAUUUAAAUAAUUCUUUAAUUGAAUUAUUAUUAUUACAAUCAAAUAUAAAUACAAUUGAUUUUGAUUCUACAAAAAAUUUUGAUAUAUUUCAAAGAUUUUUAUCCUAUGAAAAACAUUCAUUAACAAGUAUUCAUGAUAAUCAAUCAACAACACAGAUUAUACAUUUAACAUUAUCAAGAUUAAUUAAUGAAAUCAAUACUAGUGAUGUAUCUUAUUGGCUUUUAUCAGUUCAUAAUGAUUAUAAUGAUAUUGGUAAAUAUAACAAUGAAUUAAAACUUCUACUUCCAUUAACUCCACUUAGUUUAUCAUCUGAAUCCUCUAAUGUACUAUUACAAUCACAGAAUUAUCAAUCAAUUCAACUAACAUCAUCACGAAUAUUAUAUUAUUGUACAUGUCCAUCAUUAAAUUCAUUAUCUAAAGAUGAUUUAUGUACAAAAUUACGUCAAAUAAAAUUUCCUCAAGCAUAUGCAUUAUUUUUAAAAGAUUUAUCGCGAUUAAUAAAACCAAUAACAUCAGUAUCAUCAUCAUCAAAUUUAUCAAUUGAUCUUAUUUGGGAAUUAAUGCCAGACGUUGAUGAACAUCAACGUUUAUUAAAUGAAAAACAUAAAUAUUCUUUACAACAACAACAAAAUGUUCAAGUUAUUAAUAAUAUUAUACCAGAUAUUUGGAGAGAAAUUGGUAAACAAGAAUUAUUUUAUUCUGUAACUGAUGGUUGGGGUUAUGUUGCUAUUGAAGAUAUGAUAAUUAAUAAUGUUGAAUCAGGACCAAUACAAGACGUAUUAACCUAUGUUUUUUCAGAAGCAAAUGCACCUAUUGUAAUAUUACCCUCUCAUGUAAUUAAUGGCUUGUGUAAAUAUUCAAAUAAGCAUUAUUUACAAGUAAUGACACCAUUUCAUGCAUCAGAAUUAUUAGCAAAAAAUUCUUCAAUACUUUUACGUUUAACAUUUGAACAAAAACUUUCAUUAUUAAAAUAUAUCAUAUUAAAUGAUCCUGAUCCAACUUUAGUACUUGAAUUAGAAUUAUUACCAUUAGCUAAUAAUACAUUUAUAACAUUUCAAACCAAACAAGCAUCAAUUGUAUAUAUUGUUGAUAAAAGUGUAGAUUUUUUAAAAUUAUUUCAUAUUAAACAACAUGAUCGAUUCUUAAAUCCAAAUAUAGAUCAAGAUUUAUUUGAUAAACUAUCAUCGAAAAAUUUCCAAGGUAUACGAAGAUCAGAAUCAACUUCACCAUCAUCUCGUGAUCGAGGUAAUGAAUAG